AUGAGUAUAAAAAAAUACUUCAUGGAAAUGCAAAAUAAAUCAUCUGAAAUCAAGGAAAAGGCCACGUCUUUAGAUAAAAAACAUCCAAAAUUGACACAGAGUCUCGGAGCUUUUCGUGCUCAACAAAUUAUCUUUUUAUCUGAUAAUGUUUUGGCGACGCAUAAAAGAGCAAAGAAGAAAAUCUUGUUAGUAUCGAUGAGACACCACCCCGUUUCACCCAGUCAAUUGAAAUAUGCGUAUUAA